UUAUUUGUUUAUAUUCGUUAUAAACUCGGCAAAGCUUCGCGGAGAGUGAGGGAAAAUGCAAGCAGGUUGAAGUCUUGAAGACCAAAAUUUUCCAACUUAACAUCAAUAACUGCCGGAUUCGAAAGUUCCUAAGAAGUAUCAAACUGUUUGGAAAUCAGGAGGUGAAAGAGAUGAAGAAAGCGAAGGCGAUGCCGGUGAUUAUUGGAGGGAUGGUGUUUGAUAUUCAUGCCACUGCUACUAUUCCUGCUACUGCUAAAAGCACCACUCCUGGCAAGAUCAAGUUUAUGCUAGGAGGUGUAGCAAGAAAUAUCGCUGAAUGCCUGUUAAAGCUUGGAACAAAGUCGUUCAUGAUCAGUGCUCUGGGAUGUGAUCUCGCAGGAGAAGCAUUGUUGGAACAAUGGAGAUCUGCUGGGUUACCGACAGAAGGUAUACAACGAGGCCCGGACAUUACAACUGCUUCUGUAUGCAACAUGUUUGACAUAAAUGGAGAUUUGACAGCAGGGGUUGCUAGUGUGGAUACAAUUGAGAAAUAUGUUACUCCUCAUUGGGUUCAGCUAUUCAAGUCCGUUGUACACUCUUCCCCCAUGAUGAUGGUUGAUGCUAAUUUGAAUGCUGAAACUCUAGAGGCUUCCUGUAGAAUGGCAGCUGAGCUUGAUGUUCCUGUAUGGUUUGAGCCAGUUUCAGUUGCAAAAUCUAAAAGAGUCGUAGCAGUUGCCAACUAUGUUACUUUUGCCUCUCCCAAUGAGCAUGAACUUGUUGCAAUGGCAAAUUCUUUGUCUCAUGAAAAUCGAUUUAGCCCUAUUCAGAGGGAUCAAGACAAAAAUGCUUCCAUAGAGUCCUUGUUCAAGGAGCUGAAAUCGGCAAUCGUGGUCCUCUUGCAGAAAGGUAUCAAGUAUAUACUGGUGACACUUGGACCUGAUGGUGCAUUCCUAUGCUCUGGAAGUGGGCCAUCUGGUUUAAGAGAGUGCUUGAAUGACACAAAAUAUUCUGAUGGGAAAAGUGAGCUAUUUGAUAUGGUGAGCAGUAGAUGCUCGACACAUCAAUAUUUUUGCUCUACACCAUGUAAAGGAGGCUCUCAGUUAUUCGUAAUGCAUUUCCCUGCCCUUCCUGCAAUAGUUAGGGGAGUUAGUGGUGCUGGAGAUUGUUUAGUUGGUGGGAUACUUUCUUCAUUGUGUUCAGGCUUGGAUGUCAUGCAGAGUGUAGCUGUUGGUGUUGCUGCUGCUAAGGCAGCCAUUGAGGCGGAGACCAAUGUGCCUAGCACAUAUGAUUUGACAGCAGUUGCAGAUGAUGCAGGUAAGGUGUACAAUGCUGCCAGAGUUGUGUUCCAGGAGUCUAUGUUGUGAAUUUUUUUUAGAUAUCGGUGACCUCCACGAACAAUGUCCAACUCGAGCCUGAUGGGGUGGCCGGUGGAGUACAGAGAUUAGGGCUUCCAUUUGAUGAAACCCUCUCAAAGCUGUAUAAAUUAUAAUGGAAGAAGAAGAUAAGAUGUCUGUUUUCUUUUCUCCUAUAGAGAGCUGAGUGCUAGCCUGCUAGAUGAGUAGGGUUAGGUACUGUACAAGAGAUUUUGAAACAUUAGAAAUAUGAAAAUAUCAAACACUAUGUACUAUUCUUUGAGAUCUUUCUAUUGUGAUAAACAUACGAGGUUGGAAUCAUUUCUUCACUUCUUUUGAAACUUCGAUUGAACUUUGAUUUUUGACAAUA